UUCGUGAUUAAUACGUAUAGAGUAUCAUGGGCUCGUUGGGCUCUAUAGUUAUUAGUUAACUAUUUACCUAUACUCUUCAGUUCUUCACUUUCUAAUUUUAAUCUUUACAGUUUACUUAUUAAAUAUCACUUGUAAAUUUAUUUGAAUCAUCACUUAAUACAACCACAUUAAACAUAUCUUGACCCUAACAGUGAUACAUUUUAUUUAUUUAUAUUCUCUUGUUAUGCCUAUAAUAAUUACAAAAAGGUAAAAGACUACGAAUUCUAGGAAUUCACGUAGCUCUAAUUUUCAUGAUUUUUUGUAAAGCCUUAUAGGACAUAGGGUAUUAAGCGUAUAUGAAGUGAUGGAUGUAUUACGUCCAAAGAUAUUGAACAUUGAUGGUCGACAGUAUCGUUUAAAUACUGCUGAUUGUUGUCUAAAUGAAUAUGAUGAACCCGAAACACAAAUGUACAAUAUUGGAACAUCUGAAAGACUGCCGUCUUAUGUUGAAAGAGAUGAUAUCGAUGAAGAAAAAUCUGAUGAUUUAAAUAUUUACAUGGAAGGUGAUCGAUGUGUACUGAAAUUAGAAGCACCAAAUAUAUUUUAUGGUUUGAUCAUUGGUAGAAAUCGAGAAAACCUCAAAAAUCUUGAAUAUCAAACAAGAACUAGAAUUAAAAUUCCUAAUACAAGAGAAAAUAAUAUAAUAACUAUAAAAGGAGAACAAAGGGCACAUGUUAUUGCUGCUAAAUCAAAAAUUGAUGCAAUUAUUAAGAGAGGUCGAUUCAAACAGAGUAUGACUCAUUUUGUGUCCUUGCCAAUGGUCAACUCAAUAGUGAUUGAUAACUACUUAGCUUUCAAGAAAAUGGUUCUUGACGAAUGUGGCCAAUGCCAUGGUGUUAAUGAACUUUUAUUUCAAGAUCAAUUUAAACUUCAUUUAACAAUUACCUGUUUUGUGCUAUGUAAUGGAGCAGAAAUAAAAAGAGCUAUCAAAUUAAUGGAACAAUGUGAAAAUACUAUAAUAAGGCCUAUGAAUUUGAAAUCCUUAGAUGUAUUAGUUUCUGGAUUAGAUUAUAUGAAUGAUGAUCCAUCAGAAGUGAAUGUUUUAUAUGCCAAAGUGGAAAGCCCUGAAAUUCAAAUGUUGGCAGAUAAAAUACAAACAUUCUUCCAAGAUUGUGACUUGGCAUUACAACCCAGAAAUAAUCAUGUAAAACUUCAUAUAACUUUGAUGAAUUCCGGAUUCUAUGAUUAUCAAGUUAGUGUUAAUGGGAAUUCUGGCAAAAACACUCAUCUUACAUUUGAUGCUAGAAAAAUAAUUGAAAAAUUUAAUGAUUAUACAUUUGGAACUGUGCAGUUGUCAGAUAUUCAUCUGACCCAACGUCAUACGACUGAUUCAAAUGGGUAUUACAAAUCAUCAUUUGUACUUAAACUUUAACCAUAUAAGAAUUUAUGUUAUAUCUACUGAGAUUUUAGAAAAAUACUCAAAUUAUUUAUUUUGAUACAAAAUAAAUGUUCAAAAAAUGUUUUUGAACUUAAAAUUUAAA